AUGGCAAUUCGUAGCGAAGAUUUUCGGGUCGGAGGCCCAUUCCUAUGCACUGUUCCUGCCAUAGGUACUCCCAUUGCAUUGCGUCAGAUCAUCCUCUCCAGAGACAGUGGCCAGAGCUGCAUCCUAAGUUCGUCGAAAUUCUCUCGAAGUAUCGGAUCCAAACUAAGGGUAUGGCCGCAUGCCUUCGAACGUCUAAAACAAAUGAAGACGAAGGCCCGAUUGAAACGGUCGUCAUCCCUGUAG